AGAAAGAAGAAAGAACAUAACAAUAAUUUUACACGUAUGGGAACUAAAAAGAUUCCCAAAACCCGCAACGGGAACAUUGUUCUUGUACUUAUCAUCACCAUAAUGAUGGUGACUCACUCCCAUGGAUUUAAACUAGAGAUCUGCAACGAGCUCGAGGGAAGGUACAGGAGACUUGUGUACAAAUGCUGGUCCCGCGACAACGAUUUUGGGUGGCGACAGAACUGGCCAGAUCAGAUCAGGGACUGGUCCUUCGCCAUGUCGCUAUUCCACACCUUCUUCUACUGCCACUUCCAUACAGGGUACGGGCGCGUGGAUAAGCAGCUAGUAGCGUCGUGGAAUAUGAAAGAGCAGUGUGGGGACAGGAGCACAUGCACUUGGGUUGUUAAGAAGGACGGACUCUACUUGAGACAUUGGAAGACCAUAUAUUAUAGUAACAAGUAUGGUAAUGAGAGGUGGAAUGAGUAUGUUCAACAUGAUAUCCUCAAGAAAUCUUGGAGCUAAAUUAACAACUU